AUGGCGGCUAAACUCCGAUUUGAAUGCACGAACAAUAUGGCCGAAUAUGAAGCUUGUAUCCUUGGUUUGAAGAUGGCCAUCGACAUGAAUAUUCAUGAGCUUCUGGUUAUUGGAGACUCAGACUUACUGAUUCAUCAGGUUCAAGGAGAAUGGGUCGUGAAAAACCUAAAGAUCACACCGUAUGUGCGGUAUAUACAGAAGUUGUGCAAGAAAUUUUGCAAGAUUGAGUUCAGACACACUCCCAGGACACAUAAUGAGUUGACCAAUGCUCUUGCCAUCAUCGCGUCAAUGAUUAAGCAUCCAGACACAAGUUAUAUUGAUCCAGUGGAUAUAGAGGUAAAAGAGCAGCCUGCCCACUCUUGGGGCAUGGAUAUCAUUGGCCCAAUAGAGCCAGCUGCCUCUAACAGACACAGAUUCAUUUUGGUUGUCAUUGACUAUUUCACCAAAUGGGUAGAAUCAGCUUCGUACAAAUCGGUUUGGAGUGCCAGAAUCCAUCAUAACUGA